GUGCAGGACUGUAUUGUUCUUAAUUGUCCUGUUGAGUGCAGGGCUGUAUUGCAGUGCAGCAGGAUAUUUGAAAUGCUCUGAGCCAGCUCUUCAUUCUGGUCCAAAGAAAGGGAAAUGCAGUAAAGGAAAAGUGCAGCAGGAUAUCUGAACUGCUCUGUGCCAGCUCUUCAUUCUGGUUCAAAAAAAGGGAAAUGCAGUAAAGGAAAAGAUGCUGCUCAAAUAUCAUGUCUGCAUUCCCAUUGCAGCAGGGGCACUACUUUUUGGAGUUCCUUAUAGCAUUUCACUGUUAGCGCAGUGGCUAUAUGGCUGGCCCAAUAAGCCUGGCUUUAGAAAGUAUACAGAAGCAUUAAAACCCAGACGUAUAUACUGUUUAACUGUCGCUGUCCUGGAAAUGGUGAAAUACCUGCAGUACGGUAAACUGUAUAUUCAGUGGAAGACCUGGUAUAUGAAUAGUGCCAAUUCUAAAUAUUGUGUAAAGGACAUACAUUUUGGCCGGCAUGGUAAUAAACUGGAUUUGUAUUACUGCCCCCAUGUGGAAGGCCGUGGUUCUGCAUUGUCUCCAGCUGUGAUCUUCAUAUAUGGUGGGGCUUGGGGCUCCGGAGAGAGAUCUACAUAUUGCCUCUUGGCAAUGCAAAUGGCAAAAGAGUUAAACAAGUCUGUCAUCUGUCCAGAUUAUUCCAUUUAUCCAAAGGGCAAUGUGAUGGAAAUGGUCCAAGAUAUUGCUGACUGUAUCUUAUGGAGCAGAGAAACUGGGCACACAUUUAACAUUGACAAGCGAAACAUUGUAUUAAUUGGACACUCGGCCGGCGCUCACCUGUGCGCACUGACUGCACUCUUUCUGGCAGCUGAGAGCGAGGAGAUGGGAAUUGAGCUCUCCAAACAGAGGGAUAUUUUAACAUCUGUCAAAGGAGUUGUAGGGCUGAGUGGAGUUUAUCAUAUCAUGAACCAUUACCAGUAUGAGGCAUGGAGAGGAGUGGAAUAUGUUUCCACAAUGCACAAAGCAAUGGGAGGAAUUGAACACUUUGAGCAUUAUUCCCCAACCCUAUUUGUGGAGACGUUGACAGAAGACAAACUAGCCAAAUUGCCUCCCUUCACUUUAAUCCAUGGAACAAAGGAUACCAUUGUACCUGUGGAGUCAACCCUCCAGUUUUCAGAGGCCCUGACUGCAGCUGAAGUGAAGGCUUCACUGUUCCUCCUGCCACACGUGGGCCAUACAGAAAUAGUGACAGAUCUCAUGUGCUGCAAUAGGAGAUACUACCACACAAUCCUGGGCUGCAUAAAACAAGGCAUUAGUAGCAAGCAUGUAACAGGAACCCAUUUGUAACCCUUUUUUUUCCCCGAACGCUGUAGAUCUGUAUGGUGAUUUACUGUCUAUUUUUAAUGCUUUUUAAUUCAUAUAUUAACAUGUGUUAGAAAUGAUAGGCUUUAUAACUAAUGUACAUUUAAAUGUAUUUGAUGGAAUGUAUUGUUGUAACAAAAAAUUGUUUUUUUGAAUGCACUGGAGUGACAUUUUACUCUGAGCAGUGUGCAUUUGUUUCAGCUCCCACUCUGUUAACUAGCGGGAGUGCUGUGUUCUAUGCAGAGCUGUUUGGAAAGAUUGCACUGCAGUUGGUUGUGCUGCGUGUGCUCUGAGGGCCGCACGUCCAAGGACAGUCAGUGCGAGGACAGGUAGAGCAAGGACCUUUUCCAACUCUUUUCCAGUGGCUACUAGAGGCCUCACUCCAACUCUUAACAUUAGCUGUAUAUAAGUAAUAUUAUAAAGGUGGUGUUGUUUUAAUCAGGUGAUCUACUGUUUGUGAUUAUAACCUGGUGAGUGUGGUCCAAUUGAAUACAGGUUGAUUUGCAAUUUGAUUGGUUUCCACACAGCGUUUUGUAGUUGUGUGAUCCCAUUGAAGUGCGUUGAAACUAUUGUAUUGCUUAAGUAUUAUCUUUAGCGCAGUUUAAUAUACUAGGCAGCUAGCCUAUUUGUGCACCAGCACGAAGCGGCAGCCAACCGAACAGCCUCUCUACCAAACAGCCGGGAGUCUAGCUGUGGGAGUCCAGCGAAGAGAGACCUGCGAGGAGAUGCUGUUGGAGAAAAUCUGAACCUAGCAGCGCUCUGGAAGACGCCAACUACUAGACAGCCAAGAACCUUGGAGUAACCCUGGACCCCUGCCUCUCCUACUCCCACCACAUCUCCAAUCUAGCACACACCUGACGAUUCUUCCUGAGCAACAUAUGAAGAAUCUGACCCUUCCUCACCAACUACUCCACGCAACUCCUCGUCCAGAGCCCUGGUACUCUCCCGCCUAGACUACUGCAAUUCCCUCCUGGCCGGCCUCCUUGCAUCCGCCACCCGUCCAUUCCAGCUCAUCCAGAACUCCGCUGCUCGCCUGCCUCUCUUCUCCCACGCUACUCCACUGGCUCCCGAUCACCGCU